AUGGACCGCCAGGAUGAGGGGCCUCCGGCCAAGGCCCGCCGCCUGAGCAGCUCCGAGCCGGCUCAGCACGACCAGCUGCCACCGCCUCCGCCGCCUCCGCCUCCCCCGCCACUCCUGCCUCCCCCGCCGCUCCUGCGACUGCCCUUGCCUCCACCCGAGCAGCGCCCGAGGCUCCAGGAGGAAACCGAGGCGGCACAGGUGCUGGCUGACAUGAGGGGGGUGGGGCUGGGCCCCGCUCUGCCUCCGCCGCCGCCCUAUGUCAUUCUGGAGGAGGGGGGGAUCCGCGCGUACUUCACCCUGGGUUCUGGGGGUCCCGGCUGGGAGCCUGAGAUGGAGUCAGGGUAUGGGGAGGCGCCCCCUCCCACGGAGAGCCUAGAAACAUACUCUCCUUCGGAGGCUUCUGGGGGAAGUGUGGAGAUUGACUUUCAGGUUGUGGAGCCCGGCAGUUUUGCUGGAGAGAAUGUCCUAGAAACCUGUAGCGCAGGGCACUGGGCGUACCAGAGGUUAACCGGUCCAGGGGGGAAGGAAGAGGCUAUCAUCCUAGUGGAAGAUGACGAUGAGGAUGAAAAGGAAAGCGUGAGGAAGCGGAGGAGGAGGAGGAAGAGGAAGCAGAGGAAGGUGAAGAAGGAAAGCAAGAAGAAUGCCGAGAAGAUAGAGUGCAUCCUGCAGGCACUGGAAAACAUUCAACUGGACCUGGAGGCGGUGAACAUAAAGGCAGGCAAGGCCUUCCUCCGUCUGAAGCGCAAAUUCAUCCAGAUGCGAAGACCCUUCCUGGAGCGCAGGGACCUCAUCAUCCAGCAUAUCCCAGGCUUCUGGGUCAAAGCAUUCCUCAACCACCCCAAAAUUUCAAUCUUGAUCAACCGACGUGAUGAAGACAUUUUCCGCUACUUGACCAAUCUGCAGGUACAGGAUCUCAGACAUAUCUCCAUGGGCUAUAAGAUGAAGCUGUAUUUCCAGACAAACCCCUAUUUCACAAACAUGGUGAUUGUCAAGGAGUUCCAGCGCAGCCGCUCUGGCCGGCUGGUGUCCCACUCAACUCCAAUCCGCUGGCACCGGGGCCAGGAGCCCCAGGCCCGCAGGCACAGGAACCAGGACACCAGCCACAGCUUCUUCAGCUGGUUCUCAAACCACAGCCUCCCAGAGGCUGACAGGAUUGCUGAGAUUAUCAAAAAUGACCUGUGGGUCAACCCUCUGCGCUACUACAUGAUGGGAGAAGGAGGCUACAGGGCAAACAGAAAGAAGCAAGAAAAGGAAGAAAGUAAAAACAGGGACAAGUGUGAGGUGGUGAUUAUGGAAGACUCUGACGACUAUCACAUAAUGGAAGACAUUAUCAGCGAGACUUCAGACAGUGAUGACAUCACCGACAAUGAGACCAUUCAUGACAUCAAGAUCUCUGACUUCAUGGAGACCACCGACUGCUUUGAGACCACUGACAAUGAGAUAACCGACAUUAGUGAGAGCCUCUGUGACAGUGAGAGCCCUGACCACAAUGAGAGCCCUGACAGUGAGACCACUGACAACAAUGAGAGCCCCGAUGACCACGAGACCACUGAUAAUAAUGAGAGCUCUGAUGACAACGAGACCACUGACAACAACGAGAGUGCCGAUGACAACAAGAACCCUGAUGACAAUGAAGAAAAUACUGAUGACAACGAUGAGAAUCCUGAUGGUGAUGAGAACCCUAAUAGUGCCGAGAAUCCCAAAGGUGGCAACCAUGGCAGCAGCGGUGACAACCAGGACAGCAGUGACAGUGACAACGAAGGAGACAACGAGGGCAGUGAUGAUGAAGAUAAUGAUGGCAAUGAAGGUGACAAUGAAGGCAGUGAUGAUGAUGGCAAUGAAGGUGACAAUGAAGGCAGUGAUGAUGACGACAGAGACAUCGAAGAUUACAGGAAUGAUAGUGAUGACCCUGACAAGGAUCAGGAUAACAGCAACAACCAGGAUGACUCUGAGGCCGAAGUGGAGAACAUCUCUGAAGAAGGAUCCUCAGUGGAGGAAGAAGAAGAUGAGGGCAGUGAGGAAGGUGAGGAGAGUGACGAUGAGGAAUUAAGCGAGGAGGAGGAGGAGGAAGAAGGGAUCGAAGAUGACUUCGAAGGAGGGGAAGACUCUGAAGACUCUGACAUGGAGGAGGUGCUUCAGGUCCAAAAUGUUUGGGCCAACCCGGGGAAGAGGGGCAAAACUGGAUAA